AGUAAAUUCAUUAUAAUGUAAAAAAUAUCUAAACACCAUUGAUUUGAGUCAGUUAUGUUUGUAAAUGUUGUUAUUUAUUCAAGACUCAGACACAUUUUUUAAACUACCUUAUUUAGGAAAAAUAGCUAAAAUACGUUUAUAAUAACUUUUCAUACAGUAUAGAUUUUUAAAUCAUAUAUUUAGAUUUAUUUUUAGCAUUUUCACCCAAUAUUUACAACCAUAUUCGAGCAGCUGCAGCUACUGGCAAAUUUGAAAAAAUAAAAAGGUCAUUGCACUAUCUAUGAGGCUAUUGACCCAUGCAUUUAUUCAUUUGUUAAAAUCAGUUAGGCUCAGUCCAGUUUGGAAUUUUGCAAGUGAAACUUUGUGUGUGAUAAAUGUGUGACUUACUUUGAUCCAAGGAUUUCUGCUUGGUAGAUUGACUCCACAAUAGCAGCAUCAUAAGUUGCUGAGAAUGAUGUUCGACCCACCGGAUUUCCCCUACAAGGAAUUAUCGGACACGUUACGAGACCACUACGACUCAGACUAUCUUCUUUUCAAUUCUGAUGCAGUUGCAACAGAUUCAACCAAUAUCGCUAGAGAUCUAGCCGAUGUUGCUGAUCAAAUGCUUACAAAUGUAGGCAAUCAGAUAGUCUUUGAUUCUACUAAAACCUUGAAUGAAGGAGAAUCAUCUUUUCUGACUGGUACUACGAAUAUUGAGCAGAAUACAGAACUGUUUAUUGUUCAGUCGGAUAAUUUGCUAAAUAAUUUAGAGCCAACUUUACUUGAUGAUAAUACAGUGAAUCAAUUCCUAUUGCCGCUUCAGGUUUCAGGGAACGCGAAUAAGGACACUGAUGACACUGGGCCCGACUUAUUGGCAUUACACUCGUGCGUCAUUUGCCAUGAGAUAUUUACUACAGACUCGGAUCUUCUAGACCAUACCAUUUCAUUCCAUACAUCUGACGCGGCCUUGGAGGCUCUUCCUAGCAGUUCAUCAGCAGACGCUAUAGAUCUGCAGCCAAAGUUACAAGACAUAAGCCAUCCUAAUGACAUAGAUUUUGAAUCCUACUGGCUUGUUUGUGGCAUCUGUGAACGUGUAUUAUCUACAGCUUUAGAAACAGAACCUACUGAACAACUGUGCUGUACCACAAGCGAUGGUAAAACCAGUGUGUCACCGCGGAAGCUUCUCACCAUGUACGUCUGUGACUUCUGCAAUGGACUUUUCGCGGAUGCCGAUGCCUUGGACAGACACCGGCUGACCUGCUUUGUUUCUGACCAGAGUCAGAGCUUCUAUGCACCAGCAGAGAACUCAAGCGCCACCACAAAUGACCAGCUAUGCUGCGCCUGCGACACUUGCAGCAAACGCUUCUCGACCAUCGAGGAGCUGAAGAUGCACACCAUAGGAUGUCUCCAAGUUGUCAACAAGAGGGAUCGACGGUCCUACAGUAAUGCGACCAGCAGCAAGAUGUGGAAUUGCGGGUCUUGUAACCAGCUAUUUGCCACUGCAAGGGAGCUAUACCGUCACAAGCGAGGGGAAGACCGGCCGUCGGGCGCGCCUCUCAUGGCGUACGUGUGUGAAGAGUGCGACAAGGUCCUAGGCAGCAUGUGCGCGUUGCACACGCACAAGAAGAUGCACAAGGUGUCUAAGCCGGGCUACCCGUGCCGCGUGUGCGGGCGCCGCUUCAACCAGUCGGGGCACCUCGCGAUCCACAUGCGCAUGCACACUGGCGAGCGGCCCUACCCUUGUGACCUCUGCCCAAAGGCCUUCAAAGUCAAGGUGGAGCGCGACGACCACCGGCGCACACACACCGGGGAACGUCCUUUCGCGUGCGCGGCGUGCCCGAAGACGUUUACUGCGGCAGCGCGGCUGCGCGAGCAUGCUAGGAUACAUACUGACCAGAGGCCAUACCGGUGCGAUAUAUGUGGGGCUGCCUUCCGUCGUCCUUACGCUCGCACCGUCCACACGUUGAUCCAUACUGGAGAGAAGCCGCACGAGUGCGAUGUGUGUGGUACCACGUUCAGGCGUUCUGGCGACAUGUGGAAGCAUAAGAGGACUCUCCAUGGUGUCCAAGCAAGCGGGGAAGCUGAAUUGAAGAGCUAAGAGAUGCAUAAAUGUACCUGUGCCAAAAUGAUCUAUCCUUCCAUCGGGUUUCUCUCUCGCACACUUUCCAUCCCCGAUCAUGAUGUCUAUUUGGUUUUUUAAGUCGCCAUCAGAAAGAUUAUUUCGACUCAGGUUAUUCUUGUAUUAUUUAGUAAGUUACUCGCAAACUGUCAGUAUUUUGCCCUAAUUUAUGAUCUCAUAUUUAGUCUGUACAUUUCACGGCCUGUAGGCCUUCCAUAGUUGCCAUAUCUUUUAAAACAUUAUAAUUAUAGUUAUUUUUAAA